AUGCACAGCCAUGCUAUCGCGAUAGCCAAUGUUAUACGCCUUCUGGUCUGCGCAGCGCUGCAUGAAGUAGUCCACUUCUGCGGUGACAGCCGUACUGCGGUGCUCUGGAUGGGCUGGAAGUUUACGGAAAGUUCGCUGAAACGAGAUAUAAUUGCUCGCUUCUUCACAGACAGAAGCACGCCAGCUGUUGUAUCAUGUUGUUCAAAGAACAGAAUUAUAGGAAACGCUGCGAGAAACCAGAUGAUAUCCAAUCCCAGAAGCACCGUCUUUCAUUUAAAGAGACAGCAUGGCAGGUUGUUUGAGGAUCACGUUCAAAGUGAAAGAGGGAGUUUACCAUAUGACUUGGUACCACUAAGUGACGGGAGCGUUGGUCUUAAGGAGCAUCACUUAAGCGCUGAGCAGAUCACAGCUAUGUUGAUAACCAAAAUGAAAGAUAUCACAGAGGCGAAUCUACAGAAGAACGUCCAGUGUGUCAUCUCUAUCCCCUCAUUCUUCAUUGAUUCAGAAAGAAGGUCCGUGCUGGAUGCUGCAAAGAUCGCCGGUUUGAACUGCGUGAAGCUUAUGAAUGAUAACACAGCAGUGGCUUUAAACAAUGGCAUAUACAAGGAAGAUCUCCCAGGCGCUGACGAGAAGCUAAAGAUUGUGGUGUUUCUGAACAUGGGCCAUUCAGGUCUCCAGGUUUCCGUUUGUGCGUUCAAUAAAGGAAAGCUGAAGGUACUGUCGACUGACUUUCAUCCAUAUUUGGGGGGGAAUGACUUUGAUCAGAGGCUGGUGGAAUACUUAUGUGCUGAGUUUAAGGCAAAGGACAAACUUGAUGUAAAGUACAGGGUUCGAGCUCUACUGCGACUGACGCAGGAGUGUGAGAAGCUCAAUAAACUGAUGAGCGGCAACUCCACAGACAUUCCUCUGAACAUCGAGUGCUUUGUGGAUGAUAAGGAUGUCUCUGGAUUUAUGAACAGGGCUAAAUUUGAAGAGCUGUGUGCCGAUUUGAUAGAGAGGGUGACCGUUUCUCUGGUGGCAGCUUAAGAACAGGCUCGCACACAGCUUCAGGACAUCAGUGCGGUAAAGAUUGUUGGGGGAGCGACACGGAUACCUGCGGUGAAGGCUCAGAUCUGUAAGUUCUUCAAGAGGGAUGUGAGCACUACUUUAAAUGCAGAUGAGGCAGUGGCCAGAGGCUGUGCAUUACAGUGUGCCAUGAUGUCCCCUGCAUUCAAAGUACGAGAUUUCACAAUCACAGAUGCUGUCCCCAUCUCUCUUUCCUGGACCAACGAAGCAGAUAUAAGCAAAUCCUGCCAUGAGAUAUUUGGCAGGAACCAUCCCUGUCCCUCAGCCAAAAUCAUCACGUUUUACAGAAGCAAGCCUUUCAUUUUGGAAGCUUUUUAUUCGGUUGGUGUCUCGCUGCCCUUUCCAGAGGCAAAAAUUGAUGAGAAUCAAGGGCAUUUCCCUUCUGGAGAAUAUAAAGUGCAGAAAAUUCAACCGCAGGAGAAUGGAGAAAAGACAAAGGUCAAGUUCAGAGUUGAAGUCAAUUGCAAUGGAGUCAGCGUGACCUCAGCCACUGCGGUCAUGAGGGUCAGCGCUGAUGAGAAUGAAACUACGGAAAUAAAUGGGGAGUUGUACAAUGAAGAUGGCUUUGACUUGGAGAAAACACAAGAGACAAGCUCUUUUCAGCUCUCCAUAGACAAAGAAAGCCUGCCAACAGCACAGUGUCCCCCCAUGAAAACCGAGCAGAAUCAUACAAAUGCAUUGAAUAUGAACGGAGAGGUAAACAAUUAACCUCCUUAUGCUAAAAAAGCAAGGACGAAGGUAAAACACUUUGGACUUUCCAUCGAGGAGACGAUAAGCCAGCAGUUACUAAAGAAUUGCCUCAGCACUUACAUCGAUCAGGAGAAAAAAAUGACACAGCAAGAUUGGCAAGAGAAAAGGCGAAACAAUGCCAAAAAUGCAGUCUAAGAAAAUGUUUAUUUUUAAAGACACAAGCUUCAGGGCCCGUAUCAAAUGUUUCUAAAUGUUGAGGAACACGAAACGAAUGAGAACUGGCCGUACGAGAAAGGAGAAGACCAAGAUAGACAGACCUACCUUAACAAGCUGGAAGACAUCCAAAAACUGGGUCGACCUGUGCAAGACAGAUUCCAGGAGUCCAUAAAGAGACCCAAAAUGUUUGAAGAGCUGUCAGCCAAAAUGCAGAGCUACAUGAUUAUUAUUUGUUAGUUUAAGAAUGGAAACGGAAAUUACAGUCAUAUCGAUGCUGUGGAUAUGGACAAAGUCAGAGAGUGUGUUGAAGAUACACAUGUAUGGAUGACAAACAUGCAGAAUUCUCAGGAUAGACUCACACCCGAUCAGGAACCCGCCAUACACAGCACUGAGAUCCGGAAGAAAUUACAGGCACUAUACAACAUUUGUGAGGAGAAUGUAUCCAAACCCAAGUCAAGGGUCAGCUUUCCUAUGGAUAAUAACAUUCCACCAGAGUGCCCACACAACAAGAAUAGCCCAGAAGAUGUUACAAUGGAAUACACAGAUUUUGUUGAAAAUGAAGUGAAAUGCAAUUGUGUCAAUAUUGAGUAG